AUGCACUUCUCUCGUACUUCCCUCAUCCUCUUCGCUGCUGGCCUCGCCAGUGCGCAGCUACCAAAUGUCCCCGGCUGUUCUCUGGAUUGCUUCGUCGCUGCUCUCUCCGCUGACGGAUGCUCAUCCUUAACCGACUUCGCCUGCCACUGCCAGAAGCCUGAACUCGUUUCGAACAUCACGCCUUGUGUGCAGAGCGCCUGCAACAUUGCCGAUCAGUCUUCUGUUUCCGUUGCUGUCGUCUCCCAGUGCUCUGCUGCCGGCCACCCAAUCUCUGUGCCCCCUGUUGGCGCUGCCAGCACCACAGCUUCGGAGACAGCCACCACUACGGAGUCAUCAACCCAGACCACAACUGGCACCUCAUCCACUGCCUCUAAAACCUCCUCCUCGGCAGCCUCUUCAACCCCCUCUUCCUCCUCGGCCUCUAGCUCACACCAUCACUCAUCUAGCUCUGCAUUGACCACUCGCACCUUGACGAGCACAGAACCAAGCUCUCAAUCUACCAGCGCCAGUGCUGCUGCAACUACCACUCUAUCCGGCAACGCUGGUUCCGAGAAGGCAAAUGUGGCAGGUGUUGUUGCCGUGGCGGCCGCUGCUCUCUACUUGCUGUAG